CGGAAAUGACGUCUGUUACUUCUAGUUGUAAAAAAUAUAAAAAGACUUGAAGUAGCUUAUAAUUUGUCAUAAAUUAGUCUUCAAAUCUGAAUGGAAAAUGAACAGAAAUACAAAUCCUCGAAGCUGUGUACCGGUUGUGUCCAUUCUCCUGUUCUCGAGUUUAAUGAUUGAAACGAGUUACGGCCAGAUGGAGGACAUCCCUGAUCUGACAGAGACUGACUUCUUCAAAAACAGAGAGAAGCCAUCCUAUUUCUACUCAGCCCCUCAAGUAGAUCUCCAAGACAAGGGAUCCUGGCACAUGCCCCCCAAGUACAGAUGUGACGCUUGUCUGGCAGUGGGUUAUCAGUUUCAGAAACAGUUUUACUUGGAAGAAAUGAGGCGCUCAAAGAGAGGAGUUCCCCUGACAGAGUCACAGAUUAUAGAUGUCGCAGAUAAACUUUGUUCGAAAGGAUUUCAGAGAUACGGCGCAAAGACUGUAAAUAAUCGACCCAGACUGUCUGGAGAAGGAUUGAAAGCUUACUAUGAAUAUGGAAUGACAGGUAUUGGGCCUGGCUUUAUUCAAAGGAUGCAAGGUCUGUGCCAGGAGGUGGUCGGCCUCUUGGAAGAGGAAACUCUCUACGAGAUGUACUUGAACCGAGGCGAACAUCAGUUGGCAGAGAACAUUUGUAGGUCAUUUUGUACCAAAGUGGAGAUGCAGGAGUAUAAGGACGACUUAAAGACUAUGGAUUUGUCACCCAAAAAUUACAAGGAAGAUGAAUAGAGUCUUUAGUUUUGUUUUGGGUUAGAAUUAAUGAGUGCGUCUUUUGGUGUAACAUUGCCUAAAAUAGGAGGAAGCUUGUGAACUAUAGGAAAUACUUCUUUGAACUUGACGUUUUAAAAUGUGACUAUUGAUAAGGUUUUGUUUAAUACAGUGCUUGGAAUAGAACCUACAUUUAUAAAUCUGAA